UCGAUCGAGCCAUUAUAUUAUUUACAAAGAGCCACGUAUUAUUCUAAAAGCUUGAUGGAGAACUGUCACGCUGGUCAACAAGUUCAGAGCUUCACAGUUGACCAAGUAUCCUACAGAGGCGUGCGCAGAAGAAAAUGGGGCAAGUGGGUCUCGGAGAUCAGAGAACCUGGCAAGAAAACACGGAUUUGGCUCGGCAGCUAUGACACGGCCGAGAUGGCGGCGGCCGCCUACGACGCUGCGGCGGUCCACCUCCGUGGCCAAGGGCCCCACCUCAACUUCCCUGAUCUCGCCGGAAGUCUUCCCCGGCCGGAGAGUUCUGCCGCUGAGCACGUUCAGGCCGCUGCUCAGGCUGCCGCAAUGAUGGUGAAGUCCGGUCGGUUUCCGGGUACGAGUCCGGUUACGGACGAGACCGGGCUUUGUUCGGGUCUUGGACCGGUUCGGGUUGGGCUGUCGGAUGCUCAGAUUCAGGCGAUAAAUGAGUUUCCGUUGGAUUCGCCGAAGAUGUGGUGCAUGGGCUUGGACUCGGUCCACGUGAACGAUGAAGAAGAGCCGUACGGACAGUUUUUUGGUUACGACAGAGAAGACUACGUUGAGAUGCAGCUUCAGUCGAUUUGGGAUUAAUGAUUAAAGAGCUUAUGCGUUUUUUGGACCGAUAAACUAUGGUUUUAUUAUUAUUUAAUGAAGAUCAUCGUUUACCAACCCAAAA